GUGGUUGUCUCUCUCUUUUAUAACAAAGAUGUUUCUCCUGUAACACCCACCAGCAGAAGCAGCUCUCUGUCUCACAUCAGCCUGUUGGAGGAUGUUGCCUCGGAGGCAGAUAUGAUGUAAUCUAAAGCUUCAGUCCCACCAGGAGAGAGAGAGAGAGAGAGAGAGAGAGAGAGAGAGAGAGAGAGGCAGAGAGCUGGAGAACAACCCGCAUCAUAACGGAUGGAUCUCGGCUGCUUUGAAACUCUAUUUAAAUCCAUUUUGAAAAACCGUUGAAGAGAUUAAGCGAGUUGUAACGGUUAACGGUUAACGGUUGUUGGAGUCAUCAUGCCGCGGAGGUUGGUCGCCACCCCACGAAGAGGAUGCUGGAUGCGGACCAGCAGCAGUAGGAGCAGCACCGGCCGCCGGGGAUAGUGCUGCUCAACUUAACUCCCCCCUCCACCACCCCUCCACAUCAUCAGCUGUAUUAACCACCAUGGCUCCGGAGUCUUCUCCAACAUCCUCCCCGUGAAAAAUGAGCCUCUCUCCGGCUCCAUCGUCGACAUCAGUCCGCUCCAGCUGUCGCCUGCUUUUCGCCCCGUGAUGGUGCUGACAUGACAGGAGGGAUCUUCACAUUUCAACACUUGUAGGCCCCUUUAUGUCCACUGGGGAUCCUUUUUAUCACCUCUAGCUUAUCUGAUAUGACAUUAUAAGCUAUUGUUGUUGCUUUUAUUUCGCAAAUAUUAUAUAAUUUCCCCCUUAAAACAGAUAUUUUGUGGAGCCAGGCCCUGUCCACUGCUGCACUGCCCUGCUGGGAUCCAUGCUGUCCUGACCUCUCCUCUUCGACACAGUUUCUCUGUGACUUCUUCUUGUUUGUUUAGGGACAUUUUUCCUGGUUUUACUCGCUUUUACAGCCACCUCUGCAGAGCUCCAUGCAGUAGUAGGAGGGGGUAAGAAUGAGCAGCCUCCAUCCCUCCAGCUCCAGCUCCAACUCCAGCAGACUCCUGCCAGCGGCCACAGCUGUCCACCGGCUGGCCCUGUGACUUUAGAGGGGUGUGGAGGACCAUAAACAAGGUGGAGGGGUGUGGAGGGACGUCUGCCUUUCCAGCUCAGGUUUAAACCAUGGCCAAUGAACCUGUCAUCCUUAACGUGUAUGAUAUGUACUGGAUAAACGAAUACACAUCCAAUCUGGGCAUUGGAGUCUUCCACUCAGGCAUCGAGAUUUAUGGCAGAGAAUUUGCAUACGGGGGUCAUCCGUACCCUUUCAGUGGCAUCUUUGAGAUCACUCCCGGGAACGCCACCGAACUGGGAGAGACAUUCAAAUUCAAGGAGGCCAUUGUUAUGGGCACCACAGACUUCACAGAGGAGGACAUAGAUAAAAUCAUGGAGGAGCUCGGUAAAGAGUUCAAAGGCAACGCCUACCAUCUAAUGCACAAAAACUGCAACCACUUCUCCUCCUCACUGUCGGAGUUGCUGUGUGGACGGGAAAUCCCUCGCUGGGUCAACAGACUGGCGUACUUCAGCUCCUGCAUCCCCUUCCUGCAGAGCUGCCUCCCCAAGGAGUGGUUAACCCCGGCCGCCCUGCAGACCCACAUCAGCCUCGGCCUUCACAAAGAGGAGCAUAACGAGUCGAGCGACGAGGACCCUACGUCCCCGUCCGGAGCGGCCGCUACCGGCUCCUCCCACAGCUGUCGCCACACACGGGUGUGAACUGCCCGACAUACUUUGACCUUUGGUACCCCCCCUGCCACCUCUGCUAGUGGCUCAAGUGGCAUUAGUAGGCUUGAACAACCAGCUGACCUCAUACUGUUUGUCCUCUGAGUAAAGAGGCAGGACAAGAAGAGCUGCCGCCAGAGACUUCAGGCCUACAGAGACCCUGCCUGUCCUUCCUGCAGACGACAGGAAGACAAACUUUGACCUGAGCACUGCAGCGUGGCUCAGACUCCACAACAACCACUUGUAGAUCUGAAGUUUGUAGUACAUUAUUAUGAGUCUUUUCCAUGAACUUUUAAACCUUUGUCAGCCUUGUUCCCUGCCCUGCCUUCAGAGCUGCUUUUGUAGAACAACUAGAUAGACACCUGAGGCUACCAGGAAACUGCUAAUCUGCUCAAUUUCAACAAGUUCUCGUUCUAUAACCUCUAUGUGGCCUUCAGUUGAUAUCGUUGACUCUGCUUUCAUUGUGUGAAACUUAAGUAGUUAACUUUGGCCAUUGUAGAGGGUUUAAAGAGGAUUUGAUUGUUCCUCGAGUUCAGUCUGAACUCGUAAAAAAUGUUGCAUGUUGAAAGAAUUUGACAAAACGUCCAACUAAUCUGAGACGCCACAUUUCUGAUCAUAUCAUCAAGUAUUUCUUCUCCCUUUUUCUUUUGUAAAACAAAUGAUCCAACCUGGGACCUGUUUUCCAGUUCAUAGACAGUUGUAAACAAUCAAGGGCAAAUACUGUUCAGUUUAAAUAGCUGUUCAUACAGCCUCACUCGGGCAGCCCGGUCACUGUCUGUUAACAUCUCAGAGACACAAACACAAAGAAAGUCAAGCUGCUACACUGACAAUUAUUGACUUUGUGACCCAGUACAACUUUUGUCUACGCUUUUAUAUCCAAAUGGUCUUUAUAUUAUAAUGGUGCGAUAACCUCAAGGCUUAGAAAUGUACAUUUAUGCCCAGAGAAUGUUCCUCUGUGAUACUGGUCCUAUCACCUUUUUCACCAUUAAAACCAGUAAAGACUGAGCAGCCAUGAGAAAGAAAAGCAGAAAAGCAGUAUUCUCCUUUCAAUUACAGUUAUACAUUUUUGGGAAAUAUACUUAUUCGCUUUCUUGCCAAGAGUUAGAGGAGAAACACCAUUUUCAUGUCUGUGUGGUAAAUAUAUUAAGAUGCAGCCUGCAGCUGGUUAGCUUAGCUUAGCAUAAACACUGGACGUAGGUGGAAACAGCUAGCCUGGCUCUAUCCAAAGCUAGCAAAAUACCUACCAGCACUCUUAAAGCUCACCGUUUAACACAUUAUAUCUUGUGUGUUUAAUCCGAACAAAAAACCAAAGCGUAAAAACGACAUGUUUUUUUGCAAGGCUAGCUGUUUCCAGUCUUUAUGCUAAGCUAAGCUAAUCUAACCGACUGCUAUCUGAAACUUCAUAUUUCUCCCAUAGGCAUGAAUGGUAUCAAACAUCUCAUCUAACUCUCCGCAAGAAAGUACGAAUAUUUCCCCAAAAAUAUCAAACUAACACCAUAUUUUUAUGUUUUAUUUAUUUCAACUGUGAACUGAACUGUGACAUGUUUACAGAUACAGAGCAUUUUAAUCAAAGUAAAUAAACCUUUUUAAGAAGUUUACUUCUGAGGUUUGUUGCGGUGAGAAGAUCACAUACUCAUAAAGGGAAAAUAUGAUGUCAUAAAGUUAUUUGUAAUUAGCAUACAUGCAGGUAAACAACCCCAUUAAUGACUAUUGAUGAUGGUGGUGAUUAUAAUGAUGAUAAUGAUGAUGACAAACACCGGCUCCUGGUAGUUUUGCUCAUUUUAAUUCAUGUUGCUUUGCUGUUUUUUUUUUCAAUGCAAAAGCUCAGUGAACCAGGCCACAUGUGAUUUUAAUCUUGUCCCAUCCCUCCUGCUGUAGUGUGUUCAUGGACAGCUACCCUUUCUCAGGAAGGAAAUCACAGGACUCGUAAUAGUGAUAGUCAUCUCAUUCCUGCUGAACACGUUGUUAAAUGGAUUUGAAAGUGCAAAUUUGACUUCAUGUUCUUGAAUAAGCUAUAUUCUUAUUUAUUUUUGAUGUAGUCCUACAUUUCACCGGGUGUAUUGUGUUCAGAUGUUUUGGUAUAUUUUCAGUUGACAGGAGCUGUACAGUGAUCAGUAAUCCAUGCUCAAAAGUAUUUCUACAGAGCAGACCAGACAGGUAUUUUUUUCUAUCGUUCUGUAUCAACCAUAACCAUGUUUUUCCCUUUUCCUAACCCAAGACAACUUCAUGAAUGAUGAUAUAGUACUAGAAUAAAGAGACAGAAUAACAAA